CGUUGUUCCUCUCACUGGACCACAGAGCAGUGCUGUCACCGCAGGAUGAAGCUGCUCCUGGUCGUCUCCGCACUGUUGGCGGCCUCCGCCUGCUUCAUCUAUCGGCCGGUGCCGAGUGGCGUGAGCGAGCCGUGGAAGCUGAUGCUGCUGGACGCCUGUACCCGCUUCAUGAGGACCUUGGGUACCGUGGGUCACUGGCUGGGCCUGGGCUCUCUCGUCAACACCGUCUCCUCCAGGAUGAUGAUGGCGGACGCUCGCUCUGACGCUGACGUCACGGUGGUGGACACCACACUGGGCGGGCUGCCCACCAGAGUGUUUGUGGCAAAGAGUGGGGAGAAGCUGAAGAGGGGAGUGUUGUAUUUCCACGGAGGAGGUUGGGCCUACGGCAGCGGCCGCUGGAAGUUUUACGACAGCCUGUUGCGCAGAGCAGCCAAAGAUCUGGACGCCGUUGUCAUGUCCGUCGAUUACCGCCUGUAUCCUGAGGCCGUGUUCCCAGCUCAGUACAACGAUGCACUGGCGGCAGCGCGGGCCUUCCUGUCCCCUCAGGUGUUGGAGGACUACAGCAUGGACCCAGGGCGGCUGGGCGUGUCCGGAGACAGCGCCGGGGGGAACCUGGCUGCUGCUGUGGCUCUGGAGACCGGUUCUGACAACAGUCUCAGUGUGAAGUUUAAGGUCCAGGCCUUGAUCUACCCGGUGCUGCAGGCUCUGGACUUCAACACGCCGUCUUAUGUGCAGAACCAGAAUGACUGCAUCCUCUCCAGACCCAAGAUGGUCCAGUUCUGGCUGUGGUACCUGGGUGGAGACCUGUCUCUGAAGCCCGUCCUGAUCGCCAACAACCACAGCUCCGUGGAAGAACCGGCCGUCACCGCUGACAUUCGCUCUCGAGUCGACUGGACCUCGCUGCUCCCGGCCCGAGUCACACAGAACUUCCAGCUGGUGGUGAAGGAGAAGGGAACGCCGGGGGUGGUGGACAAGCUGCCGGGGUUAAUGGAUGUCAGGGCGGCGCCCCUACUGGCGGAGUCCAGUGUCCUGAGCAGAGCGCCCAAGGCCUACGUGAUGACGUGCGAGUUUGACGUGUUGAGGGACGACGGGCUCAUGUACGUGAGGCGGCUGCAGGACGCUGGUGUCCCCGUGACCAGUGACUACCUGAAGGACGGUUUCCACGGCUGCAUUUCCCUGUCAUCCAUCUUUAACCUGGGACAAAGGAGUGAAGACAGCUACGUCCACUGGCUCCAGCAGAACCUGUAGAGAAGAGUGUGAAGCUUUUAGAUUCAGAACACUGUUGUUGUUGUUUGUUCUUUUGACCCGACCAAUCACACACAACAAGGUACAAAUCAGUCAAUCAUCAAUAAAUGAAACAAACUGUGAAAUAAAUAAAUUACAAUAAACAACAAACUCAGUCA